AUGGCAUCUGCGGCCGCGCAGGAGAAAAGGGAGGCCCCGCCCGACGCCGAGGCACCUUUCGAGAUACUCAGGGGAGACGUAGCUCCAGCCAGCACCUUGAGAGGCGAUGUGACGAGGAACGAGGCAGACAAGGAGCUGGAAGCCAUGGGCUACACACCGGUCUUCCGGCGCGAGUUUUCGGCCUGGUCCAGCUUCAGCUUUGCCAUGAGCAUCUGCGGAAUUUACGGCUCCCUCAUGUCUACCUGGGUCUACGGCCUCCAAGCCGGCGGCGCCGCUGCCAUCAUGUGGAGCUGGAUCAUAGGAGGUGCUGGCUCCCUGCUCUUGGCCUUGAGCCUUGCCGAGCUAUCCUCUGCGUAUCCCAGCGCGGGCGCCAUGUACUCGGUCCUGAAGUACGUUGCCCCGGAAAGCCAAGUCCCUCUGUUGUGCUGGAUGUCAGGCUACAUCACUCUCGUCGGCCUCAUUGCGGGAACCGCUAGUACCGAGUACGCCACGAGCCAGAUGCUCUUGGCCGCCGUCUCUAUCGCUUCCGGGUUCUCCUAUGUCCCAACUGCUCUUCAUGUGUUUGCCGUCAUGGCUCUCCUCACCAUCAUCCACGCGGCCAUCAACAGCCUCCCGACGCGCUGGCUGACCCGGUUGGCGAAUGGCUAUGUCGUCUUCCACAUGAGCGUCCUGAUCAGCGCCAGCAUCUACCUGCUGGUGCAGACCAAGGAUAAGCACAGCAUAGCGUACGCUUUUACCGACUUUCAGCCCAUGUCCGGUUGGUCUCCGCCGGGGUUCGCCUUCUUGUUCGGCUGUCUUACACCUGCGUGGACCCUGACGAAUGCCGACAGCACCACCCGAAUGGCCGAAGAAGCCAAGGACCCUGCCCGCGUUGUUCCCCGAGCCAUCGCGGCCGCGACAAGCUUCAGCUACGUCAUCGGCCUGCUCUUCAACCUGGUCCUGGUCGUCUGCAUGGGCGACGACCCGGCGGCGCUGUUGCGCUUCCCCUCCUUGUUAUCCUCAUCUUCGCCACUAUCCUCGCCUCCGCCAGUGCGAGACGGCAACGCACAGCAGCAGCCGGUGGCGCUCCUCUUCCUCCGCGCGCUGGGGCCGGCCCCGGCCGUCUUCUUCACCCUGGCCGGCUUCGCCGUCAUGAACCUGGUGGCGGUGCCGGGCCUGCAGGCGGGCAGCCGGACCGUGUUCGCGCUGGCGCGCGACGACCUGGUGCCGCUGUCGCGGGUGCUGCGGCGCGUCUCGGCCCGCGCGCGAGCGCCCCUGGCCGCCGUCUGGGCCUACGCGGCCGCGGUCGUCGUCGUCAACCUGCUGGGCCUCGCCAGCCGCGCCGCCGUCGCCGCCGUCUUCGCCGUCUGCGCCGCCGCCUUCAACGCCACCUACGUCCUGGCCAUCGUCUGCAAGAUGGCCUACGGCCGCUUCGAGAGGGGGCCCUGGCACCUCGGCCGCUGGAGCGUCCCCGUCAACCUGGUCGCGGUCGCCUGGAACGCCUUCGUCUCCGUCAUCUUCUUCCUGCCCACCGAGCUGCCCGUCACGAGGGAGAAUAUGAACUACGCCGCCGUCGUCUUCGCGUUCGUCUUACUCUUCUCGAUCGGCUUCUGGUACACUCAUGGCCGACAUUACUACACCGGUCCCGGGACCCGGGCCAAGAACAACUCGCCGGCUGGCGUACCGCCCAUUUGCUGA